AUGCCGAGGCCGUGGAUGGGCAUCUGCCUGCUACUCCGGCACUCUCAACUCAGUAAACACCAGCAGCAGCCGCUUAGGUCCAAGUCUGAAAGCCUCAGGUCGCCAGCUUUGCUGACACUUUGUAUGAAAUGGCCUACAAUCCUGGACCCGAUCACGUCCUUUCCUGGGGCCAUGUCCGCGGCUAGGCGGCUUCAUCAGCCAGGUUCUCUUUCGCUCUGUAACCAGCUGACGGGCAUCAGCUCUCCCGUGACAUCUCACUGCUCCCACUCGACCCUACAGGCCUCCUGCGCCCACAUUAACUGCCAAAAUGAGGAACCGAAAGGGAAAGAGGAGAGACACUCGUAUGUGUUCUCUAGGACUUUUGAGAAACAUGGAGUUGUUCCUUUGGACACAAACAUGCGAAUCUACAAGAAGGGCGAUACUGUAGACAUCAAGGGAAUGGGUACUGUUCAUAAAGGAAUGCCUCAUAAGUGUUACCACGGCAAAACCAGCAGAGUCUACGAUGUCACCCAGUAUGCUGUGGGCAUCACCGUAAACAAGCAAGUUAAGGGCGAGAUUCUGUCCAAGACGAUCAAUGUGCGGAUUGAGUACAUCAAGCCCUCGAAGAGCAGAGAGAGUUUCCGGAAGCGGGUGAAGGAGAACAAUCAGAAGAAAAAGGAAGCCAAAGAGAAGGGCACCUGGGUUCAGCUGAAGCGCCAGCCUGCGCCACCCAGAGAAGCACACUUUCUGAGGACUAACGGGAAAGAGCCCGAGCUGCUGGAGCCCAUUUCAUACGAAUUCAUGGCUCAGUGUACAAAAGAGAAAUAUAGAACCCGACUGCAGAGUUUUUCCUUAGGGGGGAAAAAAAACGAAAAAAGAAAAGUUCCUGUUGUUGUGUUAAAUCCUAAUUAA